CUGUUUGUAAAGACUCUGACGCACGACCCGGUCAGUGUACGACAAUAUAUCAUUAAACAGUUCGAGCACAAUGCACGAACGCCACUAUUACAGACAUCCAUCAGAUCAUUCAUAGCCGACACCGACGACGGCACCAAAACUCUGUGCGGCGAGUGCUUGCGCAUUGUACUAGACACCGAUACUAUGACAGGGGAGAAGUUCCAAUUUCUGAACCGAUUUUACGACAAGAGCUUUGAUGAGUUGAUUGGUCCGCUUAUAUCCGUCCCCGAGGAUCAAACCGACCACAGACAAUAUGUCUCCGACAAACACAAUACCUUAUAUUCGAUCCUAGAGCUCUUGACGUCGCAAGUGCUGAACCACGCCACAUUUAUAAAACCCCAGCUACUGCGGAACAGUCUCAUCCACAAGCUCACCAGCUUACUCAACGACCACUACACAUACUUGUCAUUAGGCGCUGUCCGGUUUCUUAGAGCACUCCUGAGCCUGGGGGAUGAAUCCAUACUACUCUGCAUGCAGAAAAGGGGCGUAUUCGGGUCCGUCCUGAGUGCGUAUGUUACAAACGGCUUAAGGUAUAAUAUGCUGGACUCAGCCAUCGCCGAGCUUUUGAGCUACAUUAAAGGGGAGAAUAUGAAAUCGACCAUCAAGUACAUUGUCGACCACCACCGGGAAACUAUAGAGAAGUUCAAGGACCAGGUAGCUUUCAAGGGCCUUCUGCAAAAACAUGCGCAAAACGAGGAAAUGAGUACUUUAGAAACGAGUCGGUCAGACGACGUGAUCGGCAGUUUGUCGCAGCAGCUCACGUCACGCUACAGGCCAGAUGCUCGCCAAUUAGAUGCCGAAGAGGAAGACUACUUCGACGAUGACGAUGAAUUCACCGAACCUUCCCUAGAAUUGACUAUGGGGAGUGACCAUGCGCUGGAUAUCAGCAUGGGGAAUGCGAUACAACCCCUGGGUACGAGUAUGGAGAAUAAAACGCGGGCAAUGGCUGGCACUAGUGCGAAAAAUACAACAGUGGACAGUCUGACGGGGACUGGAGCGGGAGAUAGUGAGGAAAAGCUGACAGAAUUAGACGCGCAGGCGGUUAAGGAGGUCAAGGAGCGCCUGAGGCAAAGUGUGUACUGUGAUACGGAGGACAACAACUCGGUCCUCGGGGGUGGUGGUAGUAUAGGGGCUAGUAGUUAUCAUAGUAAGAAUAGUGGUGAUACUGGGCUGGGUAUGGGACUUGGAAGGCUAUCAUCGUUUGACACACACACACCAACAUCAACCGCACUACACACACACGCAGCAGUAGGGGCCAAGACCGGCGCUCAGUCGUUGCUAGAAAGGUUUACUGGAGUGAGCGAUGUGUCCACAACAAGCAUGAGCACGAACACAGGCACUCAUGCUAAUGCAGGAUCACACACAGAUGUAAUGGCACACAUAAAUACGAACACGAACGGCGAUACAGCCGCAAUCACAAGCUCAGGGGAACAUCAAAGCACCCCUGUACGGAGGACGUUAGCCAUCGUUGAGACACCUGCCGGCGAUGCACUCAUAGAAAAUGCGAAGCCAAUCAAUUAUAGUCUGAAGGGAGUCAGUGACAAAGAGAACACACACACUGGGACCAAUGCACCGACUCAGAUACACGCCGAUGGAAUAGACAACACUGCAGCUACGACCCUCAUGCUGAAUGGGGCCGUGGUGGCUACUAAUACGAGUGCCAGUGACAGUGCCACUACUAGUAGCAGCACGCAAACAGCGGGGAAAAGCACAGAACAUGUGGAGCCAUUCUCUACUGCCGAUGUGAGGAAUGACCCUGCAGCAGCCACAUCUGAGCUGGGAUCAGCAAGCAAACCACUACACAAUGAAGAGACGAAGCCAUGUGCGGAGAGUCUGGUUACUCAGGAUAUGGCCUUCCUCGAUAGUCAGACAAAGUCCCCUGAGAAGGGCGGAGUGGAUACUCGCGUGGAUACUCAAACAGAGCCAGCUGUAGAUACGCUGGUCAAAAAAAGUGUGGACAACAGUCACACGAGUGGCCAGGGUGUUACGAGGACUGCGCGGACGGGCGCGCGCCGGGCGAGAUGGGAUGUGAUGGGGCCUGUGGCGAAGGUCGAAGGGACGAGCGAUGGUGUAUCACAGAGUGGGACACAAUCUCGUACACCAGAGCACAAGCAUGCGGAUUCUGAGGUCAUUAUACCGUCACAGCCACAGCAGGAAAAAAGUGGGAGUUCUGAUCUGGGACCAGAUAAAUCAGUCAGCACCAGUAAUGUAGGAAGCACAGGGAGUACCGAACAUCCCACACGUACAAAUUUAGAUACAUCAGACACAUCGAGGGCAGCAGAGGCUGUAAUUCAUAGUGGAGAGCAAGUAUUACCGGCUGCUAGCCCUGCUGCUAGUAACGCAUCACAGACAUGCAACCUUAUGUCGCACCAAGCCUUACAAGGGAGUACAACUGCAGAUGCGAAUGCCGAACCAAAGGUUGAAGCAUUGGAAACUGCAUCGGUGAGUAGACCUGUCAAUGCAGAAUCAGGUGAUAGCAUGAGAGCAGAGACACUGACAUCCACCACGCACAGCACAGAUACGCAAAGUGGUCGACAAGAGGAUCAAUUGACUGCUAAUACUACCACAACGCCUGUGGCUACGCCAAAGGGAAGUCUCAAUGAUCGGAUAGCGGACUCGAGUGGUGAAUCAAUGUCUGAAGCCAAUGAGCACUCAGUAGGCGCAUCUGUGGCUAAGAGUGCAGGAGACCAGGGGGUGGGGUUGGGUAGUGGGGAUGCAUCGAAAUGUUCUGGUAUAGGGCCAGAAUCGAGUGAGAGUCAGGGCGAUGUAUCGUUCAGGAAACGAGUACAACUGGCGAAAUCUGAUGUUGCUACACACAGCAGUAACAAAGACGCUUCGAACAGCCCCCCGAAAAGACAGCGGCUAGAGAGUUGACGUUAAUAUCAUACAAAUUUAAGAUCAGCAUUAGGCGGCA